CGGUCAUCAUCUUCAUUAGUAUUUUCUUGGGAGAUUGGAAUUCCUCUUCCCCCCACCCCAUGUCACAAGAAGGAAAGGCAUGGCAUGAACUUGGGCGUAGGAACACUUUGAACACCAGCACCCACAUCCGCAUAAAUAAACCAGCUGGCUGAGGAGGAGAAGAUCCAUUGGCAGCUCAAAAACACUGAGGAGAAGUCACCUUUCAAUUGGACGUUCGUCUAAUCAAUCAAUCAAUCAAUCAAUCCCCGCCCUCUUCAUCCAUCCAUCAAUUCUGCAUUUACCAUUCAUACGAGUAUAAUUCUUUCUACUCACAACUGCAACUUGAGACUGAGAGGUAGCCAUGCCCGUCAAUUCUCAACGCAGGUGUUGAAAUUGACAAGUUAUUAUGGAAGAGGAGGAGGAAGGGUGAAGGUUCUGAUGCAAUUGAUAUAUAAUAAUUUAAGGAAGGGAAGAGGUUAUAGAAAAUGGCACCUUCUAGCAAGGCUGAGAAGAAGGCUGCAGUUGAUGCAGCUGCAUGGAUGUUCAAUGUCGUCACAUCUGUUGGAAUCAUUCUAGUCAAUAAAGCAUUAAUGGCUACAUAUGGUUUCAGUUUUGCGACAACAUUGACUGGACUGCAUUUUGCUACAACAACAUUGAUGACUGCUAUUCUGAGGUGGCUGGGUUACAUACAAGCUUCACAUUUACCUGUCACCGACCUCCUGAAAUUUGUUAUAGUCGCUAACUUCUCAAUUGUUGGUAUGAAUGUUAGUCUCAUGUGGAAUUCUGUAGGAUUCUAUCAGAUUGCAAAGCUGAGCAUGAUACCUGUGUCGUGCUUACUUGAAGUGGUUUUUGACAAGAUUCGAUACUCAAGAGACACGAAACUAAGCAUUGCAGUUGUUCUGAUGGGGGUUGGAGUUUGCACAGUUACUGAUGUUAGUGUAAAUGGAAGAGGUUUCAUAGCUGCGUUUAUUGCAGUAUGGAGUACUGCUCUGCAACAAUAUUAUGUGCAUUUCCUUCAGAGGAAAUACUCUCUUAGUUCUUUCAAUUUGUUGGGGCACACCGCACCAUCUCAGGCUGCAAGUUUGCUUCUUAUUGCCCCCUUUCUUGAUUAUUGGCUCACAACCAAAAGAGUUGAUGCAUUUGAGUACAGCCUAUCAUCUAUUGUAUUUAUCGUCCUUUCUUGCACGAUUGCAGUAGGGACUAACCUUAGCCAGUUCAUAUGCAUAGGAAGAUUCACUGCCGUAUCAUUUCAAGUCCUUGGGCAUAUGAAGACAAUCCUAGUAUUAAUACUAGGAUUCUUGUUCUUUGGGAAAGAGGGCCUAAAUCUACAAGUGGUUAUAGGAAUGACAAUAGCGGUGAUUGGAAUGGUAUGGUACGGUAAUGCUUCCUCUAAACCAGGUGGGAAGGAACGCAAGAUGUCAGUUAGACAGCAGAAACAGCGCGAGGGACUUUCGGAUUCCUCAGAACUUGAUGAAAAGGUCUGAUCAAAACAGACCAUAUAUAAAAAAAGAAAAAG